CGAUCCAAGCUCCGAAUGCCGACCCCGCACGCCAAGUCGUCUGGUGCAGAGAGGUGCUCUCACUGGUCGAUCGUGCGCAGCAGCAGCAGCAGUCGCGCACCAGCCCGACGUCCACCGAUCCCGCUGUGGGCCCUGCCCAGAUCGACGAUCCCGAGCUGCAGAAGCUCGUCAACGUCGCUCUCCCCAUCAUCAUCCGCAUCUCCUCCGCGCCCCCCGGGCCCAUCCCUCUGCAUGUCGCCGAGGCGAUCCACAUGCGCGCCAUGUGCGCGUCCACUGGCAUCUACCCCCAGUUCAUCCCGCACGACCCCCGCACUGCGUUCCGCGACUUCGAGCGCGCUGCCAAGUCCGGCUACCACGCUGCCUGGUUCAAGCUCGGGCGGGAGUAUGAGAACUUCGGAGACCUACAGCACGCGAAGGAGUGCUUUGAGCGGGGCACGAAGCACGGCGUCGAGAGCUGCUUCUACCGGCUCGGGAUGGCGAACCUCAUGGGCCAACUCGGCUUUCCGGCCGACCCGCAAGCUGCCCUGCCGCUGCUCAAUCGCGCUGCGACGCUCGCGACGAUCGAUGUCCCGCAGCCCGCUUAUGUGUAUGCUCUCCUGUUGCUCAACGAGUUCUCGCACGUCUCGAUUCCAGCGCAGCUCUUCCAGCCCUUCCUUCCCCCGGGCGUCACCCAGGCCGACGAGGCACGGCGGCACCUCGAGCGCGCGGCGUACCUCAACUUUGCGCCCGCGCAGUACAAGCUCGGUCAUGCGUACGAAUUUGCGACACCGCCUUUCCCGUUCGAUGCGCUCCUCUCCGUGCAGUACUAUUCGCUCGCAUCGCAGCAGGGCGAGACCGAGGCGGACAUGGCGCUGAGCAAGUGGUUCCUGUGCGGCGCGGAAGGCGCAUUCGACAAGGACGAGAACCUUGCAUGGACCUUCGCGGAGAAGGCUGCGCGGAAGGGCCUCGCCAGUGCCGAAUUUGCGCUGGGAUACUAUUCCGAGGUCGGCGUCGGCGGCCCUCGCAACAUCGAUAUAGCGCGCAAGUGGUACCAGCGGGCGGCGCAGAACGGCAAUGCAGAUGCAGCUGAGCGGCUCCAAGCCCUCUCACAGCCCACGCCCCAGGCCCUGUCGCGCGAACAGCACGAGAAUCUCACAGACUCGAAGCUCGUCCGCAAGCGGACCCAGGCGAAGCAGCGCUCCGAGGCCGUGGGCGGUGCGGCAGCAACAGCAUCAACAGCGGUCCCUUCAGCGCAGCGGACUCAGAUCGUGAACAACAUCCGCAAGAACUCUAUGCGCACUGGCCCGGGCGGCCCCGCUGGAGCAGCAGCAGCAGCGGCACAAGGCGCGGGCGGAGACUGGGGAAGACAGGGUGCGUCGAUGACGAACUCCCCGCCCGGCAUGCCCGCGCCCCUCCCGCGCGUGGACGAGUACCAGAACCAGAACGGCUCGCGGCGACCGCCGUCGGGUCCGCCCGGGGCCCCGGGGAUGCCGCAGACACCUCCUGCGCAUGGUGCCAGCCCACGGCCGCAUCCUGGCCAGCAGCACAGCAGCCCGUAUCCUCAGCAGGCGCCGCAUGCGCAACAACGAUAUGGUACUGGGCCUGGUCCUGCGUCGUCUCCUCGACCGGCGGGUACGCCCCCGAUGCGGAGGCCUGGGGGACCUGGGUCGCAGCCGCGUCGGGAGGAGAGCCCGGCGCGGCCACAGCAGCAGCAGCAGCAGAGGCCACAGUCGAGGCCGAACCCGAAUGGCCCGAAGACGUUUGCGGAGAUGGGUAUCGCUACGCAGAAGGUUGAAGACGACUCAAAUUGCGUGAUCAUGUGAGCGGUUGUGUCGUGGGUGGUUGUGGUGCUGUGUCGGACGGACUUGUGUAUAGGAUUCCUUUUGUGGCUCGCGUAAUACCCUGAGCUGCGGAGUCAGAGGAUGGAUGGAGGACAUUAAUGUGAGGACAACUUCUCGGAACGAUAGAUAGUACUCACUAGUACUGGGCAACUUUGGGAUACCAGGGGAAACGGCAAGUGAUACUUACAGGCUCAGACUCAAGACACCGCGGCACAGCGUCGCGACCCGCGUUGCAAGUCUUUAAAGACUCUUACCUUCGGUUUUAGUAUCCCAG